CUUUCUACUGUUCAUCGAUUUUUUACUUUACUGCCUAAUGAAUAAACCGAAUACGUCUGAGGAGAAAACAGUUGUCCCCUCCACUCAACCAGCUUCUAUUGUCCAAGAAAAAUAUCAAGAAGAUCGCUAUUCUUCAUACGAUUCAUUUUCUGAAGAUCAAAUAGAGCAUGCACCAGACGGUACGGCUUCUGCUGGUAAAGCCUUGUUCAUGCUACUGAAAGCCUUUAUUGGUACUGGCGUUAUCUUUUUGCCUGGCUCAUUUGUGAGCGGAGGACUCGUUUUGUCUAUAGUGCUUAUGAUUGUCAUUGCUUCUUUGUGUACAAUUUCUUUUCAAUUGUUAGUAUAUGCUCAACAAAAAAUAGGAGGCUCCUAUGGUGAUGUGGCCCAGCAACUUUAUGGCAGCUAUCUUAGAUAUUUGAUCGACUUUUUCUUAUGUAUUUCUCAAAUUGGCUUUGUCUCGUCAUACCUUAUUUUCAUAUCUGAAAAUAUUGGUAUUGUGGUAGAUACUCUGAACAACUGUAAUGGACCCUUUGAAGCGAAAUAUUAUAUUUGGAUAGUGAUUAUAGCGGUCAUACCUAUCACUUGGGUACGCAAGAUUGCGAGACUGUCUUAUUUGGCAGUAUUAGCAGAUACUUUUAUCGCAUUUGGUUUAAUUUGUAUUCUUUAUUUCUGUUCUGACCAAAUUGCGCAUCAUGGUGUUGGAAAGAACAUUAUACUUGUAAAUCAGUCUACAUUUGGUACUAUGAUUGGUACAGCUGUCUUUUCCUUUGAAGGCAUAGGGAUGGUGCUGCCAAUUGUCGGAGGCAUGAGGAGCCCCAAAAAGUUUCCAAUGGUUUUGAACUUGGGUAUGGCCAUUUGUACUCUGGUCUUUACAUUGAUUGGCACCAUCGGCUAUAUUGCGUACGGUGACAUUACACAAGCAAGCGUUGUUGCGAAUAUUCCUAGAAUUCCUCUGUCUAUUGCUGUUCAGUUACUGUAUGCGAUCGCAAUGAUUUUGACUUCACCUUUUAUGUUAUAUCCUCCGCUUACUAUUGUUGAAAAAUACAUCUUCAAGCACCGGUCUGGAAGGAAAAGUCUAGCGGUGAAAUGGGCAAAAAAUCUGAUUCGAUCUCUCAUACCUAUCAUUUGUGCUGCUAUCAGUUUUGGUGUCGGUUCCAGUAAUUUAGACAAAUUUGUCUCUCUUGUCGGAUCAAUUGCUUGCAUGCCUUUGUGCUUUAUAUUCCCAGGCUUGUUUCACUUUAGAACAACGAAGAAUAACUACUUGAAAAUCAUUGACGUCCUUCUUGCCCUAUGGGGUGUUGGUAUCAUGGUUUACACUUGUUACAUCAAUGUGAAUUCCUGGGUUCACCCUGCAGCAUCAAGUACCACAGUGAUUGACAUUACCCAUUGUAGCAACUCAUAAACCAAUGUAUUGUCCGUUGAUCGGCAGUAUUGUAAAUUAUCCAUAGUGAAUAAUGAUAAAGGCUUUAAGGAAAGCCCGCAAGCUUAUAUACCACUUACUUUAUCCUUCAUUCAUAAUAUUGUUUCCCCCCCCCAAUUGUUUUUCUUUUUUGACGAAUAAAAAAAGUGUCAGGAUGGC